AUGGCUAUCUUUUUGACAGUUGUUCCUACCAGUAUUUUAUCUUUUGCACAAAAUUAUAAUCGGAAUUUUUCUUUUACCGCAAUUAUUUCACCCGAAGACAAACAAAUAUCUCCUGGAAUCGUAUUGACACCUAAUCUAACUCUUAAUGGUGAUUUUGUAUGCGUAUUAUGUGCAUGGAUCAUUACUUUAUUUGGUGCUUUUAAUUUCAUGCGAAGAAACAAUUGUAUUGGUCAAUUUGUAUCGGCAUUUUUGAUUAUAUUCACAAUCCUUCAAACAUUAACGGCUAUUUAUAAUGUCGUAUUUAGUAAUCAGUGGAUUUUUAAAAUCUUGGGUGGGUCAUGGCAAAGAGCUUAUAACGUGGAUAUUGAACUUGUAAGAGAAAUUGAAGACGAGUUUUCAUGUAAAGGUUAUUUAUCGACGUCAAAUGAAAUGUUUGAAGAAAGUUGUAGUAAAAUAUUGAUGCAAAAAUUUGGACCUCAAUUUUUUUAUAUUGCCAAGUUAAUCGGUGUUAUCAUACACGCAUUCAUCUUUGAUUGUAUCACUUUACAUGAUAUAAGACAAUGCAUAUAUGGUGAUAACGAAGGUGAAACUGAAGAAGAUUACUUUUUUGAUGAUAAAGAUUUCAUUAUAAGUAAUGAAAGUAAUUCGCUUAUAAAUGAAUCUUGA